UUACAAUUUACUUGAAUACAGGAAACAUACAUCAUGAAAAUCUUUAUAUUUAUUGCCUUCUCAAUUGUGAGUGUUAACAGUUAUGUUACUAAAAGCAUAAAUUCAACUAAAUCACCCGACGUUUCGAGUUCACAUUAUAAAAUAAACGAGAAGAAAUAUGAAUCAUUGAAGACUUUUACGGAAGAGGAACGCGGAGUGUAUCUGGACGAUGUGCUAUUCGCAUUAAAGAAUCAAAACUGGACAUCGGAGGAAGUUCCUUGCUUGAAUCAGACUUUGCAACUUUUGCAAAAUUUACAAAAUUUCACGCUAUGGGCUGUAUGGCAAUGGGAUUCAAUAUCAUCGGAACCUCAAGGUCUUCUUUACGGCAAUCGCUUCCAUCUCGGCAACUUCGAUCAAUGCAUGGACGCGCCCUGGCGUAACAACUAUCCAGAUUUGAGCACCCAAUACUGCCUCGCCGAUAUCGUUCUAGAAAGAUCUGAUAAAGCUCCAAGGAAACGGGACAAAAAUCUCGAUGAUCCUUAUCAAUCUGCGUUGGAUAUUAUUGAGCACCGAUCGUUGUUCAUGAGGUCAUUAAACGACUUAACCUGGGGCUUGUGCGUGCCAAGCUCUUGUCAGCGACAAUCUGUGAGGCGUCUGUUUGGUACACUACUGGCGCACAGUCAUCUCGGCGCGGCUGGCCUGCGAGCCAGGAUAACUGUUCCUGAUCCUUGUCAAAGCAGUGACAAGCCAAGGCAAUAUGAUGCUCUAUUCUACUCUUUCAUCGCGUUCUCUACGUCAUUUACUGCAUUUAUAAUGCUAUGUACAUACCUUCGGCGUCGGAUAAAAGACUCGGAAACCAAUUCGUUAAGAAGUCACGUUCUUAAGGCGUUGUGCUUAAGAAGCAAUUAUGCCGAUAUGUUAAAAGUCAAUAAGAGUGGGUUGGACGUAUUCUACGGUAUACGAUUUCUGAGCAUAUGCCUUAUAGUCAUGGAUCAUCAAUUCGGCAUCGCCAACGCUGGACCCAUUAGUAACGGAGCUCAAGUGGACAAGGUUGCGAUUUCAUUAAGUGGUCUUUUAAUACUGCACAACGAUUUGUUCGUGGAUACAUUUUUUCUUUUAUCGGGUUUCCUCUCGGCAACUGCAAUAUCGGCUUACAAGAAGCUGCCCAACUUAUUUUUUAUCAUUCUCAAGAGAUAUGUAAGAUUAGCAGUUGCUUACGCGUAUUUAAUUUUCUACGUCUGCUCGGUGUACCCGUUCACGGGGUCAGGACCUUUGUGGAGCAGAGCCGUAGCGUUGGACACAGACCAGUGCCGCAAGAACUGGUGGCUCAGUCUACUCAUGCUCAACAAUUACAUCGACUCCGAGAACAUUUGUAUUGUUGUAUCUUGGUACAUCCCUUGCGACUUCCACUUCUUCGUGGUCACGUUGUUACUGUACUGGUUGUACAAGACACAUCCGAAGACAGGAGUCGUUUCUGCCAUUGUAGUGUCUAUCGGUGCUUUGAUAGCACCUGCUUUAGUCAACUAUUACAACAAUCUACCACCUGUACAACUAUUCACGUAUGAUUUCUUAUCAAAUCCAAGAAUUCAGCGACAGUUCCAAUUGACGUACAUAAAGAGCCACACGCGUUACGCUGCCUAUCUCGUCGGCUUCUUCAGCGGACUAUACUUCUCUCACUGCAAAGCCACCGGCAAUAUUAAAAGAAUAUCCCGCAAAUACUCCGUAUUGGGCACUUGCAUAUCUUUAGUGAUGACAUUCGGCGUAAUGUUAUACGGGGCGACGUUCGUGUGGCGCAGCUACGAGCUGGUAGCCGGCACUGUGUACGCUACACUCGAGCGCCCUCUGUUCGCCAGUUCUAUUGCACUACUGGUCUUGUGUUGCUCUAUGGGACACGUACCUCUGAUUAAAGGCUUCCUUAGCUGGUACCCGUGGGCGCCGCUAAGUCGACUCAGCUACGGCCUGUACUUGACGCACGCCAUUAUCAUAAGCCGCAACGUUUACAGCACCAGAGUCUCUCAGCGCGCCGACAUUUUCAUAUACUUUACAGAGACGUUAGGCGUCGUCGUAAUAGGAACCAUCGGAGCGUUGUACAUUCUACUCGUAUUUGAACUACCCAUUAACAACUUACUUAAUUUGUGUUUCAUGAUGAAUGCCAAGAAAACACAUGAAAACCGAAGCUCUCGUGACGUAGAAUCAGACAAAGGAACUGUAAAUCGAGGAUUUGUACAAGAACAUCGACAGAGGCUCCCGUCUCCAACCAACGUUAUUUCCAAAAUGUAAUCUAUUUGUAUUAAGAAAAAUCUGACUAAAAAUAUAGAAACCCUGUAAUGAGUGCAAAAUAAUCUUCAAUAA